AUGCCUUCACAUUUAGGAUCGCCAUUCUCAGCAGCAUCAUCUAAAUCAUCAAAGUCAUCUAAAUCACUUAUAUCAUCAUCUGGAACGAUUCCAAGACGAGUAUUGUCUGAAUUGCGAUCGCGUUCACACAACAAUAAUGCCAUCACAGUGUCAGUGUCAGUGACCACAACAGCUGGAGAAUUCUUUUCACCAACCUCUGCACAAGCCUCGUCAUACUUGCUUGGAUCUACAGUGACAACACCUAGAGAGCCAACACGAGGAGAAAGGCUUGAAGCUCCAUACAACAGAUUCGACGCAUUACCAACAGCAUCUCGACAAGCUACUAGUGAGUCGACUGCCUCUUACAAUGAACAACGUAACCGAAGGAUUACAAUACACGAUAUUACCAGCUGA